UGGCGAGGUGAUCGAGGAUCGACGACAGUGGCCGUUGCAAGAUACUCUUUUGCAGCGGCGACACGAACGAGAUGCUGGCCGUCUUCACAAGCAGCGACCUUCUGCGUACGAUCUGUGCGUACCAAGGCGGCGUGUACGACAUCUGCCGCGAGCCAUGGGUUGCCAAGCCGUGGGUACGAGCUACGGCUGCGGACCUCGGCGCGUCGUCGUCGUUCCACCGCGACUCGUGGGGCAUCUCCGCCUUUGAGUUUGACCUCUUUCACUUCCAACUGCACUUUGGUCCGUGGUAUGCUAGUCAUGGCGUCGACGGCGCCAAACGACUCGUGGCCUGCAAGCCAAAGCUGCUCUCGUGGGUGCUCGAGCACAGCGUGCGGCACGGCGACGCUGACCUCUUGGCUGCGCUUCCAGCGACAACGCAUACCACACCCACCAUGAUCAACGUCGCGGCCUACUACGGGCACUUGCGCAUUCUGCAGCUGCUCAUGGGCAGGCAGGCGCCUGGCUUCUCGAGCGCCGCGGUCCACGCCGCCGCGUAUCGAGGCCACAUGCACGUCGUCACGUGGCUCGUCGCCCGCGGCGCCGGCCACCUCGACGUCGUCAAGUACCUCUAUGGCGCCCAGUCGCUGCGCAAUAUAUCGCUGGCGAUCAACAAGGCCGCCGUGCAUGGACAUGUCCAUGUGUUCGACUACCUAUACCGAGCAACGCAGCAAGCCUGCUCGACCAGCGCACUCGAGUUUGCCCAGCGCCGAGGCCACACGAAGCUGCUCGCGUAUUUAAGCGCCAACCACAUUGAGGCGCGCGACUAUUAG